AUGCCAAAGUUUUUCAAGUUUGGUGCGCGCUUUCCCCUGGGAACCUCUAGCUCCGAGAGAUCCAUCCGGACUGGAUCCGUUGCGUCCUUGGGAUCGACCUCCGACCCCGAGGACGCCUCCCAGCCCAGUUCCCCCGAGUGGUCUCGGGCCGGCGUCCUCCGCACCUCACGCUCCAUCACCACGGAUGGGAGCGGCCUGUCUGAUGACGAGAAUAGCUUUGCCGCUAUGGAAGACGACGCCCCCCUGCGCCGGUUCGUCACCCGCACCCACAGCUUUGACCAGGUGGACUUUGACGCCCUGAUCCAGAACCCUGACCUCUACACGGUGCACAACGCGGCGGGGGCGGGGCUGUCCCCCCGGCACUACGCCAGCGCCACGCCGCCCACGGGCGUGAAGCAGCCGGUCGUGCUGAACCGGCCACGUCGCAGCUCUGGCGAGCGGCCCAGGUCCAAGUCGGUGCUGGGCAUGCCCACCUUCCGCCCGGACAGCACCUUUUACAAGUACUGGAGCAGCCUGAUCCUGGCGCUGGACCUCACCUACUCUGCCUUUGUGGUUCCUAUCAGCAUCGGCAUGCUGACGUCCUUCCUGGUCCUGAACUGGACAUCUGCGCUGGACUACACCGUGGGCGCCUUUUUCCUGGCCGACCUGAUCGUGUCCUUCCACGUCGGCUUCAUCGCCACCUACAAUCUGCGCAAGGUCCUGGUGCUGAACGGCAAGCUCAUCGCCAAGUUCUACAUGCAGCACGACACAUUCAUCUUUGACAUCCUGUCGGUGACGGCAUGGCUGGUGCAGCUGCUUAUGCUCCUCCUCAGCCACGUCGUCGACGAGUUCAACCCCACCGUGGCACUGUUCAUCAUGGAGGCGCUGCGGCUUGUCCGCUUCCUGCGGGUCGUGAAGCUGAUCCGGAAGCUGCUGGUCAACGCGGUAUACGCCCCCCUCAACCAAUCCUCGUGGAUGAAGUGGGCCUCCAGCGCGACCUUCCAUUACCUCUUCUACAUCGUUUAUGUGAUCGCGGUCCUGGUCAACUUCCUGGGCUGCAUGUGGAACUUUACGGCAGGCGCGCAGGGCUUUGACAACACCUGGGCCAACUACUACCCACCCUUCGUACGGUCCUACUCUGAGGAUGGGAUGACAGCCCUGACCGCCGAUGAAGUGCAGCACGACGUGGACCAAGUCUGGCGCUACUUUGUCGGUACAUACUGGGCCUUGACCACAAUUGCUACCGUCGGUUUUGGCGACGUGACACCUGCCACACUUGUUGAGACCAUCGUCGUGAUUAUCGUGGAAGUCAUUGGCAUCAUGUUCUUUGGUAUCUUGCUGUCUACCAUCAGGCAACUCCUGUCCAACUCAAACAAAGAUGCCAGGCGCGCAUAUGUGUUCCGCAAGAAGUUGACCACCGUGGACCGAUGGAUGAAGGGGACGCGGCUUCCCUCCCACCUCCAGCGCAGAAUUAAGUCUUUCUAUGCCGAGGUGUGGCUGCACCAUGUGGAGUCCUCCGAGGACACCCACCUCUUCAGAGAGUUGCCCCACAUUCUGAGGAACGAGGUUGCCUGGAAUGCCCUCCAAGCAGCCAUGGCGCGCAUUCCCUUUUUCGAGGACAUGAGCACGAACAUGAAGUGGACCCUCUGCUCCAAAUUCGAGCCGGUUCGCUUUGGACCUGGGGAGGACAUCCUGUCGGAGGGAGACAAGGCCGAGAAAUGCUGGGUCAUGCUGGAAGGUGAGGUGGUGUCGCUGCACCACUACGUGGAGGCCGGCUCCCUGCAGGGCCCUGCGCUCCUUGGCAGCACCGUCGUACUGCAGGACCUGGUCCGCUGGAAGGAUCUGCGGCUGCUCCUGGACUACCACCCCAAUGUGAGGAGGGCGCUGGAGUCGAGGAUAAUGGCACAGGUCUGCUGCCACAUCACCCUCUACCCCAGCGCCUGGAUGGACAGCCAACUGCUGCAUCCGGAGCUCCAGGAUGCCAAAGCCAGGGCAGAGGAGAUGGCCAAGGAUCUCUGGGAGGGGCCCUCGCAGUCCCAGGUGGCAGAGGGGUUUGUGAUCAAGACGUCAGAUGAGUCGGGCAAUAAGGUCUUCCUGAAUGUGUGCGCGGACGCGGCAGUCCCCCUUCCAGAUGGCUGGUCUCCUGGUGAGCCGCUGCCCCCUGCGGUGAAGGGAUACCUGGAGGCUGGACCGGAAGGGUCAGCCCCCAGCAGCGGGGACGCUUUGAUGUCGCUCCUGGCCUUUCCUAUGUGGCUCAGCGACCUCCGGCGAGACUCGGACCACACGGGUGCAGCCUGCGGAGUCCUGGACUGCGUGCUUCACGCUGACAUCCUGCGCCACGCCGCUGAGGUCCGGCCCCUGAAGCUCUACGCCAUCCAGCUGGUCCUGAGCGAGGUGGCGCACAAGUGCGCGCUGCGCCUCAACCCGCUGUACAAGCUGCCGCGCAUGCGGUACAAAGGCCAGGGCCCCGUUCCACAUGCUGUGCCGGCCGCAGAGGCGCUCACUAAACUUCCCCAGGAGCAGCCGGUGCUGAUGCCAGGUCAGGGCGCAGAGCGUCCAGGCCUGGUGAGGGAGGUGCUGGCCGGCCGGGACAAGGGCCUAGCCCUCCGCACCACGCCCACCCCACGGCCCGCGGCGCGGGAACGAAGCGAGGCAUGCGAGGAAAGCGCGGAUCCCAGCACCACGCUGCAGGCAAAACUGCGGUACCAUGGCUGCCCCGUGGAGGCCGUCAGCGUCGAGGUGGCGCUGACGCCCGCCCUGGUGGCGACGGCGCAGCGUGCUGUGCACGCCGUGCGCGUGACAGUGACGGGGCAGCGGGUGAGCAUCGCCCUCCCUGCCUGCCCGGCCCUGGAGGUGGGCCUCCCCUUCUUCGUUCGCCCGGAACAGGGCACCGCCAGGGUCACGGCGCAGGGGCUCCACGUGACGCUGCCCUACCGCCCGCUGGAGGAAGUGCACCCUCGAACUGCGUGA